AUGGCUACGCUUGAACGAAAUCAGUACCUCAAGUACCGAUUUUACACAGUCAUGGCUAGAAAUCAGCAGAACAAUGAUCACGGCUUGGAUUUCUUGCUCCUUGCUCAACCAAUGAACGAGAUAUCGACAGAUCCAGCUUCUUUUCAUCGCUUGGGGAUUUCCUUUUGGAAAGCAAAGAUGGAAAGCCAACGCCUGCUUAGCACAGCAAAGCCAGACUCGAUAGCUUAUCCCUUGAGCUAUGACAACCAAAAGCUCGCAGGAGACAAAGAACAAAGAUCAGACGACAGUAUUAUUGAGGAGCUCACUAUAGACUACGUUGGUAUUGAGGAGAGUAUUGCCAUCGGGAACAACAAGUCAGUAACAGAGGGUACAACUACUGCCCAUUUCCUGCUUACUUCGAUAAACAUUCGUGUAUAUGUAUAUGACAACCUAACAAUAAAACCGACAAUUGUCAAGAUAAAGUCGUGUAAUGAAGGUACGGGGGCGGAGCUUCUUUGCCCAUUUGUGAACAGAAAGGGCUUUACAAAAAUGGCAAGCCGACGUUACAGUCUUCAUAACAGCUUCAACACCUUCAUUACACCUUCAAAACACCUUCAAAACACCUUCAGAGCCUUCGAGCAAUGUCAUAAAGUAUCAGUCAGUGCUGUGAACAUCUAA